GCAGUCAUCGGCGAACCGCGAUUGAACUCUCGUCGACUCCUUGAUAGGGGUAGAGAGCGAGAGAGAGAGAGAGAGAGAGAGAGAGGAAGAGAGAGAGAGAGAAAUAGAGAGAAAGAGAGAGAGGGAGAACGAGAUAAAGAAAGAUAGAGAUAGAGAUAGAGAGAGAGAUAGAGAGAGAGAGAGAGAGACAGAGAGAGAGAGAGAGAGACAGAAAGACAGAGAAAUAGACAGAAAUAAAGAAAAAGAAAAAUAGAGACAUAUAGAAUUAUUAGAUUUAGUAGAGAGCAUAGUUGUUGUUCUUUUUUUUUUCCUUUUUCCUUUGCACGUUUCAUUAAAGUACGAACAGAAACACAAAGAAAAAGAAAAAAGAAAAUGAAUCGUCUUCUUCGACGAAAUUUUAAGUAAGCACUACGUCGAGUAAAUAUAAUUUAUAUUGUUACGUUUGAUCGUAUCGGGGACAAGGUAGAAGAAAAUCGAAGAGUCGUCGUUUAUAGUAUCGCGCGAAUCGUUUUCUCUCGUGUGUCUCGUGCCGAGACUUCUCGCGUAGGUGUGGUGUGUGAAAAAGGAUUUUCUGUGACGAAGAACGAGUACCAACGUCGUCCAAAGCAACUACUACGAUAUAUUACCUUUGCUGUUACACGAGGACGAGGACGAGGACGACGACGAGAACAAGGAAGAGGACGACGACGUCGACGUCGACGUCGACGAUUACGAUUACGACUACGACUACGACUACGACUACGACGACGUUGCUGUUACUGCUGCUGCUGUUGCUGUUACUAUUGCUGUUGCUGUUGCUGAUGGUGUUACGUCUAAUAUAGGAACGUGCACCAAGAGACGUCGUUGUACUAGGAAGGAAUUGGACGUUGGCCUUGCAUCCGGAGAUUGAUGAGCGUGUAAAGGAGGACACGGAGUAUAUUGGCAAAACGCGUCGCGCGCACCACUCUCGACGAAUGGGAAGGAUCCAAUGAGAGAUGGAGCCAUCGCCGUAAGAAUUCAAAGUCAGGAUAAAUAUGUUCUUCUGGAUGACCGAAUAACCAUUGGAUAAACACAACGAAGAUGAAGCGGCCAUUGGUGCUGACUUGCUUUCUGCUGCUCCACUCCAGUAUCCUGGGUGCACCACGGACAGGCUGCAAAUUUCCAGAGGAGUGGAACGGACGGUGGUUUCAAUCGGGCAAUCCGGGCCUCGUAACCGUCAACGGAUCUAUCAUAUCCAACAAGGGUCAUUGCAUCGAGGUCAAAGACGACGACAAGUUCCUCUUAUACGACACGAAAGAAGGUUGCUAUAGGUGUAUGGUCAUGCACGAGAAACAUCCAAACGUAUUGCAGUACAAAGAAACUUAUUGCACGAUCGAAUCGCCGGAACCAAGUCUUGAGAUUAUUUGCAGUUACCUAACAAGCGAUGCCAUUUUGAUCUCCCUAUUUCGAACGGGAGCAGCACCCUUACCCUGUCCUAUAAAGGGACCUUUGGAGUUCACUUACAGUCAGGGAGACGGCGAAUGUAAUUGGCCACUCUCCCGUGCCGAAGUUUGCACGCAAGAGUCCCGUUUGCUUUUGCGUUAUCAGGCUUGCGCCAAUGUCCGUUCCUCCGAAAGCGUAGACGUCCAAUUAGAAUGUUUGGCGACCUGGAGAGAGGGCAGUACGAAUUAUAUGGUAGCACGUUUGUACGGUGAUCGUAAGACGAACGACGAGGAAAGCUACAGGUGUUUUAUAUACACCAGAGGCUCGAACAACACGUGGCACAUGGCACAAAGCGGAGACGCCACUUGUACCGGCCUUCUUAGCAUCACGGAGGCUGCAAAGACGUUCAAAAUGAAACAGAAAUAUAUGACGGAACGGUGCGCUUACCCUUCAUGGGUUGUGGCACCGAAGUCAUGGGUGGCGUUGGAUCGAAUGGCUUCACGUCUCUUAGCCUCGACAUACAACCUGACGAUUCUCGAUCGAAACGAGACUCGAUUAGCCUGUCAUGCGACGGUACCAAUCGAGGAUCAUCAUCAUCAUUACUCAUCGGCGACGCAUACUUACGAUCAAAUGAUGUUUGUCGCCAAAGCUACACGUGACUGCAAAAACGGUUACGUUUGCAUCAUGUUUCAUAAAAGGGACGAACACGUGAUAGAGAUGCAACUAUCAAAAUGGAGCCAGCAGCCGGACGACGUGUGCAACUCGAGUACAUUCAACUCCCAUUCGACACCGUUCACGACGUUCAUUACAUCGGAUCCAAUGACAAGACAAUGCCCGUAUCUUGGUCAUUACGAAAUCGUUUCCGUGAUGUACUGGCAUAGCGCCGACAAUGUCGAGGAUACUGUAGGAGUGGACGGUGAGGUAAGCAUAGCCAACGUCGUCGAAGUAAAGGACGUUAGAGUGACGUCGACGCCGUUCCCAAGGCGAUGCCAUCACGAGAGAGUUCGUUGGUUGGAUAUAGGAUGCAGGACGCCCGAUCGAAUGGAGUUUGCGACCUCCUGCAGCGACGAAGCACUAUCCGAGUAUUUGUGUCAUGGAACCUGGAUCGAAAACGACACGGCUUACUUGGUGGCGAGUACCGACGUCGGCCGUUAUUGCCUCGUUUACAGUGCAUCCGCUGCUACGACCGGAGAUAGAGAACUUUCUGUGACGGGUCAUCUUGCAUCAUGUCCGAGAGCCUCGCAUCGGCAUCCUGUCUCUUGGCAGGUUAACCUCACUUCCUACGUUCAAUGCGGCGACAUCUCGUCUGCGUCGUCGUGGAGGUCACACGUGUCCUCCACUGUGCUCCUCAUCGUUCUCAGCGGCAUCCUCUUUGGCAGAUACAUCGCGAGGUGAUGCCACUGAACUUUGAAGCGCCAUACGCGAGUGGCUGUAUAGUUUAAAGGAAGAAAAAUCUUUUCGAUGGAUGAUGUGACGAAUUUCAAAAUACGAAUGAAAGAUGAGAGAGAGAGAGAGAGAGAGAGAGAGAGAGAGAGAGUGAGAGAGAGAGAGAGAGAAAGAGAGAGAGAGAGGGAGUGAAGGAGAAAACUAAAUAAACUCGCGAGAAAAGACGAAGGAGAAAGUAUAUAUAAUAAUCGAUUUUUUUAGUAGUUAAGCGAUAUUCGCACUUCGUGCAUCGUAAGAUAAGAGAAAGGAAAAAGAAAGAAGAGGAGGAGGAGGAGGAGGAGGAGGAAGAAAAAAAAUGAUAAACAGUGCAGAUUAAGAGAAGAAGAGAGAUCGCGUGAAAAGUAUGUGGAUAGAAGAAGUUGUGUAUAAAUUAUUUAUUUAUUUAUUUAUUUAUAUUCAACGAUAAACUUACUAUUGCUAUUAUCAUUAAUAUUACUAAUCUUAUCACUAAUAAUAUUAUUGCUAUUACUUACGGUAUAUUUAACAUCGCUACGAAUGUGGCAGACCGCGGAACGACGAUGCAACUAAGCUAGCUAGCUUAGCUUUAGCUUAGCUAAUCUUUGCUAGAAGAUUAAUCGAAUAAAACGAUACGUUUGCACAACGAGUAAAAGGAAAAACUAUGUAUCCCCUUUCUUCUCUUUCUUGUUUACCUUUUUUUUCCUUUGGUUUUUAUUUUCCUAUUUAUUUCUUUUUUUUUCUCUCUCCUUUUUUCUUUUUUCCUUACAUAUUAUCUAUCUAUCUCUACCGACGGUGAAAGUGAAAAUUCAAUAUCCGUACGUUCGAUUUUUGUUUUCGUCUAUAAGAUAAAGAAAGAAUGAAUUAUAUUCAAUGCAAUUUAUUCGAUAUUAUUGAUUCAGAUCGUAAACUAUUCAAUAGAACGGUGGUUUUAAAAGUUAUACAUUAUUAAUUAAUUGUAAUAAAAUGACAAUAACAGGGAAAAUUUAAAUACGUUCGGGAAUAUAUAAUAAUGAAAGUGAAACAGAUUUGUUUGAAGUUAGUUCUUUAACGGAGAAUAAUAUGUGUACUUACUUACAUGCAUAUGUACGUAAGUACUGACGAUAAAUAUAUAUUUAAAUGAGUACGCAUUUAUGCAAGUAAAUACUUAUUAUAAGAUUUAUAAGAGAAAGAAGGAUAAAAACAAAAGUAGAAAAGAAAGACGAAUCAUCGACUAAAGUCGAGAACUCAUCGUCAGUGUGAUUUUAUUUUGUUCUCACUCGGCAUAGGAAAAGAGGAUAAAGAGAGAGAAAGAGAAAGAGAAAGAGAAAGAGAGAUAGUGAGGGAAGGAUGGUAAACUCAAUUCUGGUUUACUCCCAGUUCACUUCGAUUUCACUCCCAUCGGUAACGCGGUCAUAUAUUCCGUGCUCAUACCCCUUGUUGGAAAUCUGAUUUUUCCGCUAGGUUACGAUUUGCUUCUACUUCCCAUAUUGGUAACUUGCGCGAGCAACUUCCCUUUCGUAAUUUCGUAGCAAUUUCGAUCGGAGUAAAACACACAUUAUACUAUCGUGUGCCGUCUGGCGUGUCUACAUUUUUUUCUUCUUUUUUUUUUUGGAUCUCUCUUCCUUUCUUUUUUUUUCUUUCAUUCUUUCUUUCUUUUUUAUCCUCUUUUAUCGAAAUACACACACACACAGAUUUUCUUUCGCAUUGUCGUCGAGGUAAUGACAAGAUAAAAAUUUAUUCGUAGAGUAGAAAGGGUUAAGGAAAAAGAAUAGAAAAAAAGGAAAAGAAAAAGAAAUCAUAACAAAAAAGAAAAGAAAGAAAAAGAGAUGAUCAGAUAUUCAAAAUCGAAUGUCAGAUAACACAAAUCUAAUGUACUCAUAUUGCUAUAAAAUAUAUAUGUAUGUAUGUAUAAGUAUAUAUACAUACAUAAAUACAUACUUACAUAUUACACAUGAAUAUGCGUUACUCUGUUUGCCUUCUAAUCGAUCGGUUUCCUCUAAGAGAUUAUUUGGCAAGGAUCCGUCGGUUAGGUUUGGUUUGGUUUGGUUUGGUUUGGUUUGGUUUGGUUCUUUCCUCUUCCGGUUAAUAUUAAUUACGAUUUUUAUUAAAGAAUCGCGCCAGAUUCAGAAAUAUUCCUUCAAAAAUAGAUCAAAUGGUGGUAUUCUUGAUAUAGAAAGAGUAAGAAAGAAAAAGAAAGAAAGAAAAAAAGAGAGAGCGAGAGAGAGAGAGAGAGAGAGAGAGUGAGAGUGAGAAAGAAAAAGAGAAAUAGAGAAAGAGAGAGAGAGAGAAAGAGAG